GGCCAAGCGCAGCCUGCCCUCGUUCAAGGGUCAGGUGGUGACGGUCAAUGUCAGCUCGCAUGGCUCCCUCUUCGAGUGCAUGCCAGGCAUUGGCGACGACGUGAAGGUGCUGCUUGUUCAAGAGCACCACUUGCUGCCCGAGCGCAUCCAGCAGGCGCAAUCUCAGGCUCGUGAUAUUGGCUGGCAUGGGAUAUGGGCAGCUGCGACGCCGAGUACUGCCACGGCGACGGGCACGACUGCAGGGGUAGCGGCCCUCGUUCGCACGGACGUGAUGAUCACCGCCCCUAUCUUGGCAGAGAGGGAGGUUGUCACUGGAAGGUGUCUUUUUGCGCACAUUCACGGGGGUGUACCUGGAGGUUUCACAGCUGGCAGCAUCUACCUCGACACGAAGGAUGGCAUGGGCCCAGUCAACACGGCCUACCUGUGGGAGACGGUCAAGGCUCUCGCGAAGCUCAACAGCGAGGGGGUGGACUGGCUCAUUGGUGGGGAUUGGGAUAACCAGCCCGCUGAGCUUUUCUCGUCCAGCUGGGCUACGGCAGCUUCGGCAAUGCCCUUCUGCCCAAAGGUGCCGACGUGCAGGCAGGCCAAUCCUGGGACUGUACUUGAUUAUUUUUUGGUUUUAGUAAACAUGGCAGCACGGGUAGACUCCCACGUUCGGGUUGAUGAAGAGGUGACGUUAUACCCUCAUUGUCCAGUGCACCUGCAAGUCCUUGGACAGGACUACCCGCUAUGGAGGCUCGUGCCGAAUUUGCCUAAGGAACUACCACUACAGGCUCCUACUGGAUGUUCGAGGUUCCCUUACUACUGGGAGGCGACCAGCUUCGAGGAGGCCGAGGACGCGGAAGGUCUGGCUGCGUGCAUGGACGACUUGAUGAUUGGGGUCGAAAGGGAGCUCACCAACCGCUACGACCAUGUGGGGUCUGCCGCGCUGCGCUACUCAGGCCGAGCGGGGGCGACCUCCUUCACGUGGCGGAAGGUUGCCUGGCAGCCACCCCUCAAGCGCACCUACAAGCGCUCGCAGACCUUGGCCUGGAAAGUGGUGCUUCGAUGGUUUAUGCACAUUCAGAAGGAGCGCCACAGACUUCGUACGCUGGUCACCAGGCUUCAGAUGGCCCAUGUUCUUUGUGAUAUUGAUCCGCCCCAGUGUGCAGUCCUGCUCCAGGCUUCCAGUGAAGUUGGUGGGUAUCUUCGUAAUAUCAUGCGCAGCCAAGUUGUGCUUCACCAGAUGCCUGAGAAUGUGCAGGCCUUCUUGAAAUCUGGGCUGCAGGUCUUGGUUGCUCCUGGCUUCGAGGACCUCCUGCGCUCGGUCGGGAAUGAGGCCACUCGGCUGCGCAAGGGGGACCAGCGGGAAUCCUACCGAGCUUGGGUGCAGUUCCAGCGUAAGGCUUUUCAGGCAGGGGCCUCUAUCGCUCACCGUGUCACCAAGGUGCGGCCGCUGGAGCAGGCCUCAGAGUGGCCAUGUCUUCCGAAGCUUGACGCCGACACUUUGAGGAAGGUGAUGCUGACUUUCCCUAGAAAGACCUCGACGGGGCCCUGUGCAUUACACCCACGCUUGCUGUGGCACCUGUCAGAUGAGUCGCUCGAGAUGCUGGGCGGUUUCUUUGCAAGGUGCGAGCAGCUGCUCGCAUGGCCUGCAGAUCGGCUCUGGUCGAUGAUGUGUCGUAUUCCCAAGGCUGGCGAGGGACACCGCCUGAUUGCGGUGGUCCACACUUUCCAGCGCAUUUGGGGCAGGGCCCGACGUGGCAUAUCUCGGCAGUGGGAGCAGCAGCAUCGCACGGACAAUGUGUGGGGCAACAGGACCCGCUACACUUCGUCGGACAGCGCGUUUAGCCACAACUUGGACUCGGAGGUGGCGGUGCUGAGGGGCCAGUUCAGUGCGACGGUCCUACUAGAUCUCACGAAGGCGUUCGACAUGGUGAGGCCGUCGCAGCUGUUUCGCGAGGGCUGCUUGCUUGAUUAUCCACCGAGGAUGCUGUACAUGUUGCUCAAGAUGUACGCCCAGCCGAG